ACAGUAUUUCCAGAAAUUCGGCACCGGUUUUGCAUUUGGCAUAUCUUGGACAAAGUUCCGGAGAAGUUGGGUAAAUGGGCUUGUAGAACGGAAUUUAUGAAUCCUUUCAAAGAAAAUAUUUGGGACUCCGAGACUGCUAGCUCUUUUGAAGAGAAUUGGGUUUCAAUUCUUAAGAAAAAUGGAUUGGAAACGCAUGAUUGGCUAAAUGAUAUCUAUAAAAUUCGUGAAAAAUGGGCUCCGGUUUAUCAUAAACAACACUUUUGGGCCGGUAUGUCUAGUAGUCAAAGAAGUGAAGGGAUGAAUGCAUUGCUAAAAAUGCAUGUAUCAAGGAAAAAUUCACUUCAUGAUUUCGUGAUCAUCUUUCAAAGGGUCUUGGCGAGACAAAGAGAGGGGGAGCUUAAAGAAGAUCAUUGCACAGUGGAGAAAAAGCCAAAAUUGAAGACUAUGUGGUCAAUGGAAAAACAAAUGGCUCAAAUCUACACGAAAAAAAUCUUUUAUAUUUUUCAAGACGAGCUUCAACCUAGCUUAAUGUAUAACAUUGAGCUGGUAAAAGAAAAUGAAAGAGAAAGUACUUUCAAUUUGAAUUUUUGUGGUCAGGAUGAAAGAUUGAGACAUAUUAUAUAUUGCAAAACAACUAAAAUGGUCCGUUGUUCGUGUCUCAUGUUUGAAUUCAAGGGCAUUCCAUGCCGACAUAUCUUGGCAUAUCUUAAACUUACCAAUCAUAGUGAGUUACCGGAAUAAUAUAUUCUAAGAAGAUGGUGCCGAAAUGUCAAAAAAAGGGUUGUUCUUAGAGAUGGUAAUAUUAUUGGAGAUAAUGCCACAAUUAAUUUUGCUUCUCGUUUUAGUGAACUAAAUUGCUUAGCUAAUGAAAUGGUCGAAGAGGGGCUAUCUUCUAAUGAUGCAUAUGAAUUAAUGCGUGAAAUGAUGAUGGAUGCUAUUAAUAAGGUGCAACGUUUGAAACUCAACAAUGAUGAAGAAAUUGGACAAGAUGUGGAAGGACAUUAUAUGAAUGCAGAGUGUUCUCAAGAUAUAGUCCAUGAACCAAGUCAAGCAAGAACAAAAGGAAGGCCUAAAGGGAAGAGGUUAAAGCCCUCGAGAGAGAUCCGCAAAUUCAAACCUAGGAAAUGCAAAUUGUGUGGAAAGCGAGGACAAAAUCAUGAUAGCAGAAAUUGCCCUCUAAAGUUGUCAAGUGAUUCAAUGGAACAAGAUAAUAUUGAUGAAGCCACUGAUGAUUUAGAAGAUUCCUUUGAGGAAGAUGAAGUUCUCACUAUUGCGUGAAGUUUGAUCAAGUUUGGCAGAAAGAAGAUUGGCGGAAAGAAGUUUGAUCAAGUUCUCACUUAGUUUGCGUGAAGCUUUGAGAACUUUGAGCCUGAUACUAAGCUUUGAGAACUUUGAUGGUCAUAUUUUGUUUGGAUUUCAUGGUCAUAUUUUGUUUGGAGCCAAGUUCAUACUUUGUUCUUUUUUUUGUAUUUCUGUUAAUUCUGUGAAUUUGGACUGAAUAUGCCUGCACUGGACAUUCAAAGGUUGAUCAGCAACUUUUAUAGCUACUUGCAUU